AGCGUCAGACAUCAGGAUGUUUGUGGUGUGAUGUCUUUCUUAUAUUUCAAACAUCUUUAUCAGUUCAUAAUGUCAGUGAUGAGACAGCAAUUUGGUGCUCAAAACUUUCCGAUGCUUCUCUUGUUCUGCACUUUGUCUGUGCUAAAACUGAGACAAUCCAACUAUUAAAAACACUUUAAAUAUAUUAAUCAACACUGUCAAAAAAAAGUACAAAGCUGUCACUGGGGCAGUGCGCUUUAAAAAAGUCCUAAUAUGUACCAUUUAGGUACAAAUAAUAUGUAUCUUUGAACUGCCAAUAUGUACAUUUGAAGUACUAAUAUGCACUCCUUGGGUACAAAUGUGUACCUUUUUGAAAGGGUACUUUCCCAGUGACAACUUUUGUACCUUCAUUUCUAAGAGUGAAUGCAGGAAAACAUGUAAAGAUAGUUUCUUUUAAUCACUUUUCAUUUAAAGUUCAGUGCUUCAGUUAAUUAGCUAUACUUUUGUGUCAACUCUGAAAAAAUCUGGGUUGUUUUCAACCCACUGUUGGGUCAAAAGAGGAAGAACCCAGAUUUGACCCAACACUUCGUUCAAACAACCCAGCAUUUUAUGUUUAAACAAUCCUGCAUAGGUUUACAAGUUACAACUCAACCGGCUGGGUUUUCCCUUGCUGACCCAAUGGUGUAUUGAAUAUAGCCCAGCAUUUUUUAGAGUGCUUUUCAGGAAGUGAGUAUAACUUGUCACCUCACUGCAUUUCAGUGUUCAUGUCAAACUGCAAUUUCAGUGAGUAGAUCAGAACAUCAUGAUGCUGCUUCGACUGAAUUUGUUUGGUAUGUUGAUGCUUUGGUGCUGUUGGUUAAUGGAUGUUAAAGGUCAGGAUGUGUGUCAAUCAAACUUAACUCAGAGAAUCAACUUAACUACAGAGCUGCAGUCUGAAAUCCUGUUAUCAUGCUACUUUGGAGAAGCCUUCAUUAAAACAAACCAGACUCCAAAUGCAAGUGUUGUGUGGACUCACAUUAAUGAAACAUCUCGAGACAUUGUAGAGGUCACAGUAAUUGGUGAGGUAAAGUUCUGGAAUAGCAGAAAGGGGAGAAUUAAGGCAUUCUCUAAUAUCGCUGGCUCUGGAAAUUUCUCCAUACUCAUUCGAAAUGUGACAAAGUCUGAUCUGGGUCUCUACCAGUGCAAACUAUACAGAGACUCAAACUGUUUUCAACACUACAUGGAGAUAAACAUAAGUCUUGCUCCUGUGAAGAUCUAUUGGCAGCUCCUAUUAGGAGGAGGAGGAUUUAUGCUUGUUUGUCUGAUUCCAACAUGUGCUUUCUACACAUGGACAAAGAGACAAACAGUCCCAAGUUCCCACAAUGGCCAUAACAGUGAUGGACAAACAUUUGAACAAACAGAUGAAAUAACCUAUGCAUCAGUUGUUCAUAGGCGCAAUGACAGCAAUGCUCUUAUGAGUGAGAACAACACCUCCACCCCUGAAUCAGACCUUCUGAACUCUGAAACUGACGUCUUAUAUGCUACCGUGAAAGAAAGAGGAAGGCAGAAGAUGAAAGAUUAAGCAUCAAAACAAAGAAACUAACAGCACUGAAGAAUACAACUAAGAAAACCUCUAUUAGUUAUUAUUUGUUUCCUGCUGUUUUCAUUUGCCAUUCUGCUAGUUUGAUAUCUCAGGUCAGGAGUGAAAAUACUAAGACUGGUAAAGCAAUACAUCCUGAAAACUAUCAUUUCUUAACUUAAUCAACUUUCAGUCAUGCUAAUGGUAGUUUUUAUGUUUUAUAAUAACGGAUGGAAAAGCCUGAUGAUAGAAGAAACUCCACUUUAGUUUUGUUAAAGUUGUAAUCUUUUUCUGUUGCUUUACUGAGUCAAGUUAUGUCUUAUUAAGUAGCCUACUUUAUUCUCUACUUAGUUGUUGUGAGGAUAAGCCUAGACUGUGCUGCUUUGUCACCUAAACCACAAAAACAACCUGAAAUCUUCGCACUAGUCUCCAGAGAAACAGACGGGACCACAGGUGCAAAUUGUGUGACACUGAAUCGAUUGUUGUGGAUGUCAGGAGUGACUCAUAAACAGAGAAAAAGCGAGAAGAUUAACAGAACUUGUAAAACCUGUACCUGGUUAUUGCACAUUAUGUUUUUUACUAGUAGAGUUGAUCAAGACCUUACUUAUAUAUAGGCCUACAUACAAGAUACUAUGCUGUUGCAAGCUAGAACAGGAUGUUGACACACACAGCCACUAAUGCAAAAACAUUAAUGCGUGGCAUGAUGCAAAUACUGCAUCAGCUGUGACGUUUCGGUUUAAGAAUAAGUAUCAGACCAAGUAGUUUGCUUACUUCACUUCAUUUUUUGAUUAUUACACCUAAAACAACAAAUUGAGCAUUCCUGCAGCUCAAUUGGUACAGCAUUAGUUUAGCACAAAAAGUUUGACUCGCAGAAAACAAAGAUAAGAUAAGAUGUAUGGCUUAAAUGCACUAGAAGAUGUUAAUAUAACACAAUUUAGUUUUCUUUCUAUUAGUUAAAUAUCCUACCCAGUAUCAGAAAGUUUCGUGAUAUAGUCACAUAUUUUUUAAAAUCUUUUUCGUGAUAUUAUCACAAAUUUCUGCGUUUUUUCGUGAUCGUAUAACGAAUUCCUGUU